AUGUCGUUUCCACCCACACCGCCUAAUCGCAGUGGGGUUUCGACGCCCACUCUGGACGAUGCUAGUGGGUAUUUGCUAUUGACUAUUGAACAUGCUGUUGUCAAGCAGAUAUACGAUGAAGAGACUAUGACUUUAGCACGAGGGGAAUUUCGACUCGAAUGCGUCUCACUCCCCAUCCCAAAAGAAAUAGGUCACCAGACUGCCAAUCCUUUCUCACCUUCGCCCGCCGAUCCUCCUGUGCCCACACACGAUUUCUGGCUGGUCAUCAAAGUUGGACCUACCUUUGAGAUGCCCAUCCUACCUAAUCAACCUAUGAUCCCGUCGCGCGAGAAAGAUGGUCUGGUGUAUACUGUCCCAUCCCCCUCUAUUCCCAACGCAUCCGUAUCGUUCCUCAUGCAUUUGCCCAACUCGCAAGCCGAUCUGGAAGAUCUAGAUUCUUUAGAAGUUCUACUAAAACAAUAUGGAUGUUUAGAUAAGAGUCUGACCGCUUUGAAUGGUAUAAAUCCUCCAGUUCAAGCUGGAGGGAAUAGCGAGAUGUUAGCGCCAGAAGAGCUCAGGGGUCGGAUCGUCCUGAUCAAUGAAGAUAAUGGACAAGUCGUGGGUGAAUUGGAACAGACAUUUGACGUGGAGGAGGAUAAGAAAUUAGCAAAUGAAGAUAAGAAUAAACCCGUCAUGUUAGAUUUCGGACAUGUAAGAGAAGGAUCAGAUAUAUUGAAAGUAAAAGUGAAGACUGUUCCAGAAGAAGACUUGGAUGAUUGGUUAUUACGCGGUGCUCAUAAAGUCAGUCAAGGUAUCUUAUCCUUCGGCUCAUGGUCUUCAAGACAAAUGAUAUCAGGUGCAAAUGUGUAUAUACGAAAUUCCACACCUCGACCUGAACCUAUGAAGAUUUCACCUCAGACUAAACAGAAUAUAGUCAAAGUCCAUAAUGGUAGUAUCAAAGCUGCUACGGUGACUAAGACCACAAUUGGGAAAAUUACGGGAGUAAUCUCGACAGCAGCUGGUAAAACAUAUACACACGGUUACAAACCUGCUGUGGAAGCGUACAGACGAUCAUCGACACCUAAUCACAGCGCACCCCCACUCCCACCCAGAUCAGCUACGGCAGCGACCGGUAGCGGUAACAUCCCCGUGCCCUAUGCAACAAGGACGCCAACGAGCGCACCGCCCAUCCCAGCCAAACCAUCCCAUCUACAUGGCCAAGCGACCUCUCCUGUACCUCUACAGCGUACCCCCAGUCCUAUCAAGCCUGGUGGAGCUGCAGUCGGUUAUCAGAUUCCAGUACCGAGUCAAACAGAGACGAUGUUAGCUGAAGAACAGAGAUUCAACGCACCUCCUUCGUAUUCUGAGAAAUAUUCAUCCGAACCUAAUGACUAUUCUCCAGGUUCAUCAAGACCCCAAACUCCCGGUUCGACCUCGACACCACAAUCACAACCGAAGAAGAAGGCUUUGUUAGGUAGGAUCCUCUUAGCUGGAGAAGUGGUAUUGACGAGUCUGGAAGCUACUGCACAUGACUUGAUCAAUAAUGGGACUAUCGCAGCUUCUUCUGCAGCUGGACACAAAUACGGCCCAGAUGCAGGAGAAGCCACUGCCCUAGUCGGUGGAUCAGUCAAGAAUGUAGCAGUGGUAUAUAUCGACGUAGCGGGAGUAGGAAGAAGGGCGGUAUUGAAGUCAACUGCUAAAGGAUUUGUCAAAGCCAAGUUGGCAGACGGAGAGACGGUUAAGUUACAAGCCGAAGGACAUGGAGAUGGACAGGGUCAAGGAUUGAAAGCUGGUGAAGUUGAGAUUGAAGAUAGAGAUCCACAAGUUGGAGGAGGGGAGAAAGAGAUUGUGGUGGGUAUGCCAGAAAUCCAAUCAAAGAAGGAGUCGGGUUUUGGAAGGUAG